CCAUAAAUUCACUAUUCCCCCCGCCUCCCCCAGUUUAUUCUAUUGACGGGGGAACAAAGAACCAGCCCCCGGAUUUUGCUUCGCUAGUAUUUAACAGCUCAAUUCGUCCGUUCUCAAUCUUCAAACUUUCAUUGCUCCAUUCAUCCGUUGCAGAGCAGUAGCCUUGACUUGUAUUCGAAGUCUAGCUCUGCUUUCACGAUGAACAACAACACUACCCUCGCCAAUGCCCAGGCGAAUCCGGCAUUCAUCCGGCAGCAGAAGCUUGAGCGUCUCUGGCACGCAUCUUUGGUUCAGCUCUCUCGUGGACCCGAGAUUUCCUUCCCUGCUGAAAUACGCCGAUUCAUUGGAAACGAUGGAAUUAGGAUUCUAGCAAACAGAUACAGCGCCUUGACCGGCAAUCAGGCCCAGGUCUUCGAGGAUAGGGCAAAUAAUGCAAUUAGAAUUUUUAUGCCAGAGCCUGAGAAUUUGCCACUCCACCCGGCACUUCAAAAUAUUCAGGAUACUUCCACUUAUACCUUGUCGCCCUCUCCCAAUUCUGUCGUCAUGACCGGACCCGAUGGAACGCCGCAGAGACUCGGUCGCCACGGAAGAGCCGGAAGGGUUCCACGUCCCCCUAAUGCUUUUAUUCUCUACCGUCGGCAUCACCAUCCAAUUGUCAAGGCUAACAACCCUAACAUUUGCAACAAUGAUAUUUCCAUCAUUCUUGGUAGCCAGUGGAGAUACGAAAAACCCGAGAUCAAAGCUGAGUUUUUCGCUCUCGCCGACAUUCUCAAGUGCAAGCACCACGAGACUCAUCCAAAUUAUCAAUAUCAGCCACGCAAGGCUUCUGAGAAGAAACGCCGCAUGACACGUCGCAAGGCCGCGGCGCUCAAGAAUACUGGCAAUUCUGCUGAAGGCGGUCCUGCUCAUGCUAGCACCAGUGACCCGACCACUACUCCUGUUGUGCCAGUCGCCGACUGCACCCAUGAACUGCCGGCUACCAUCGCAGACACUCCACCGGAACAAAACGAACACUGGAUUUUCCCUGCUACUCAGGAGGAAUUUGACUCUGCCUUCGUGCAACAUUUGGAAAUCCUUCGAGAAGUCCCAACCGAAGAUCAGCUGGUCCCGGCGUUCAAGGUCAACAAAAGCGCGAACCUAGAAAUCAACUUCCCGCUCGACGAAGAAGCUCUCAAUAAUUUCCUUCUUGACUGGAACGUCGCCAAUGCCUCAGCCCCUCCUCUGUCCGACGAUGCUUCUCGGAUCCAGAGUGUUGCUCCAGCGGCGCUCUCUUCCGUUCUCUCCGAGAGAUGCAUUGAGGAUGAGCAGUUUUUCACGAACACGGCCAGCUGGGAUCAAGUUGAAAGGGAUGCUUUGCGUCAAGCCGAAGAACUAGCUAAAGCCUUCAAGUCGGACAUGUUUGACGAUGGACUGCAUCUCGCCGAAGCUCAUUCUGAUUCCGAGUGCAGACGCAUGCAGUCGCUCCUUUGAGCCAACCACUUUGAUAGGAUUGAGAUUGUCUCCUAUUUUCUUCAUCUGCUUUUUCAAGCAAUACGUAUGGCUCAGAUUGUCUUUUCAAUUUGGUUUAUUAAAAGUAUUUGUGAAGUCACGCUGAAUUUGUCAAGUUUUCCAGCUACUUCAAGAGGCCGC